GAAAAGAAAACAGUGGCAUUCGCCGUAAAAAUAAUGCGAACCCACAAAUCGGCGUUGCUUCUCCGGCGAAUUCUCUCUCUCAACAAGCACCACAGUUAUGGCGGCAGACGCCUCGCCUCUCUCUCCGGCAACCCCCUUAUCGACGAUUCCGAUAAUUUAGUAAUUGUUGAGGGGAAAGCUAGUUCGAGAACAGCAAUUCUCAACAGACCCUCUUCUCUCAAUGCUCUCAACACCUCUAUGGUUGCAAGGCUCCAGAAGUUGUACAGAAAUUGGGAAGAUGACCCUAAUAUCGAGUUUGUAGUUUUGAAGGGUGGAGGCAGGGCAUUUGCAGCUGGUGGAGAUAUCGUUUCUCUCUAUAAACUAAUUAAAGAAGGUAAUCUAGAAGAGUGCAAAGAAUUCUUCUGGACAAUAUAUAGUUUUAUAUACUUUCUCGGUACUUAUCUGAAGCCACAUGUAGCUCUCUUAAAUGGUAUUACUAUGGGUGGUGGGGCUGGAAUUUCGAUUCCGGGCACAUUCAGGGUUGCAACUGAUAAAACUAUUUUUGCCACUCCCGAGACAUUAAUUGGCUUCCAUCCAGAUGCCGGGGCAUCUUUUUACCUCUCCCAUCUUCCUGGCUAUUUGGGAGAAUACUUGGCUCUGACGGGGGAGAAACUGAACGGUGCAGAAAUGCUAUCGUGUGGGCUCGCGACUCACUUUUCUCUAAUCAAGAAACUUCCAUUAGUUGAAGAAAAGCUAGGAAACUUGACUACCGAUGAUCCCUCUGUUAUUGAAGCUUGUUUAGGAGGACAAGGAGAUACUGUUUUUCCAGAUCAAACUAGUGUAAUUCACAGGAUUGGAACACUUGACAAAUGUUUCAGCUGUGACACAGUUGAAGAAAUUAUUGAAUCUUUGGAAAACGAGGCUGCUAAAACGAACGACUCAUGGUGUGUGUCAACUUUGAAUAAACUUAAAGAAGCUGCGCCAUUGAGUUUGAAGGUUUCGUUAAGAUCUAUACGAGAAGGUAGAUUUCAAACUCUUGAUCAGUGCCUUAUUCGCGAGUACAGAAUGUCCCUACAAGGAAUCUCCAGGCAGAUAACUGGCGACUUUUGUGAGGGCGUUCGUGCGAAGCUGGUUGAUAAAGAUUUCACACCCAAGUGGGACCCUCCAACAUUGGAACAUGUAUCUCAAGACAUGGUUGAUCAAUACUUCACUCCUCUCUCUGCAUUUGAGCCUGAACUAGACCUACCGAUAAAGCAGCGCGAAGCAUUUAUAUAAUAUUUUUAUUGACAAAAGAGAUACCUCAUCGUAUACGAUUAGUGAACAGUUUCCUUAAUUUUCGACUUUUCAUUAAUUUGUUAUUUCACUAAUGAUGAUCUAGGCGUAUGACAUUACGAUAGUCUUUAAAACCUACCUGAAAGCAUUUGAAUUUGCAAACGUUAACUUUCGUUUUUCGGUCGGUUUAGCUGCCAUUAA